UGGGUGGCUCAGUUGGUUAAGCGACUGCCUUCGGCUCAGGUCAUGAUCCUGGAGUCCCGGGAUCGAGUCCCGCAUCGGGCUCCCUGCUCGGCAGGGAGUCUGCUUCUCCCUCUGACCCUCCUCCCUCUCAUGCUCUCUGUCUCUCAUUCUCUCGCGCGCAAAUAAAUAAAAUCUUAAAAAAAAAAAUAGUUGAAAGCUUAAAAAAAUAAAGUCCCUGCUUUCAAAAAUUUUCUUUCAAUAACAGCUAAUAACUUCGUACUCGCCGUAGGAAGCCAUGGCUCCGCCCUCUCCGGAGUUGUCACCCCUUCCUCUGCUGGCCUCAUGCUCCCCAAGGGAAGAGCGUCUCUCCGGGGUCCCCCAACUCCUAGAGCUGCCCCAGGAAAAGUUUCACCUUGCUCUGGGGAGCUCCUCCUAUGAGGUGGCCCCGCCCACUGCGAUAAACGGCAUAAAGGUACAUGGCCAUCUUACCUCAGCGCCUGCGCUGCCGGAGACAAAGAAAGCUCAGUUGGGAGGUCAGGGCGCCUCCGUAUUGAUCACGGGAGGUUUGGGCUCCUGAGAAGUUAAAAAGAGCAGGGACGUCAGUGUUUACGGACCCAGGAGCACUUGUUUCUCCCAGCCCUAAAACAGCUUAACCCUCUGGCCUAACAAAGGGCCUAAUCACCGCUGUACGGCUCAGACUUAAACAUGGCCUCCCCCAACAAGAUGUCGAGAGGGCGCGGCCAUCAUACCUCCCGUUAAAGUUCAGAAACCCAGAAUCCUGUGCGUUGGAAGGUUGCCAGGUGGCGGCCGACAGCCUCAAAGUCGCGACUGAGUCUGCGCACUGGCCAGUUGGGAUGGGAAGCGAUUAUACUGCGGCGAGGCGCCGUGGUCCGGCGAUCAAUUUCGGGUCAUGGGCGCGGAUCCAGGAAAAAUGGGAAAGGCCCUUUCUGGCAACGGUAAUGACGUAUCCAUCUGUGACAACAUCCCAAGGGUGAGUCUGGUUUCUGGAAAUCUAGUCUGACCCCAUGGCAGCUAGGAUGGAUGUGACUUUGCCUGUGGUUAGAAAACAAAGAACUUACUGAGUUACCUGAGUACCUUGUAUACCUGUGGGUCCCGCCACCUUGCUGACAGCAGGGCUUCCCAGGACCUUGGUCAAGUCUACAGAAGGCCCUGCCUGGGGCUGCAGCUGAGGUGAUUUCAAGCAUGGAUUUUUGUACAAGAUUUAUGUAGGGACUUCGCAAGUUCCGAGACGGGCCUGGUCCCUCACAGCUCUGUUCUCUCUUUCUCCAUCCUCCUCCCCCCAGUCUCUGUCUUCACAGGACUCAAAUCUUUUUCCAAGAACAGCAGAAAAUGAUUGAGUACCAGCAGAGACCUGUGUCCUUCAAAGACGUAGUAGUGGGCUUCACUCAAGAGGAGUGGCACAGGCUGAAUCCUGCUCAGAGGGCACUGUACCGGGAUGUGAUGCUGGAGACCUACAGCAACCUUGUCUCAGUGGGUUAUGAAGGCACUAAACCAUAUGUGAUCCUCAAGCUGGAGCAGGAAGAAGCACCAUGGAUUUGUGAGGCAGCAUGCUCAGGCUGCCACUGUCAGGAAAACAUUUGUCAAGUUAAUGUCCAGAGGAAAAGACAAGACAUGAUUUUGAAACAAGGUGCAUUCAUCAGCAAGAAAACAUUGCCCAAGGAAAGAAGCCAUGAAAGCAAUAAGUUUGGGAAAAUAUCACCUCUGAGCACUAAUCUUUUUCCUUCAAUUCAAAACCCUACAAACUGGGACCCCUGUGGAAAGAGUGCAAACCAUAAUUUAGAUUUUAUUGGUUUUAAGAGAAGCUAUUCAAAAAAACAAGAUGAGUGCUGUGGAUGUGGGAAAUUGUUACAACGUACAAACCAUGAUAGAAGACCUAAUGGAGAAAAACUCUGGGAAUGCAGUCAUUGUGAGAAAGCUUUCAGCCACAGCCCAGCACUUAUGUAUAAACCAGCAGUAACCAAUUCUCUUGUGUACAAACGUAAGAGGGUUCCACCUACAGAGAAACCCCAUGUCUGUAGCGAGUGUGGGAAAGCCUUCUGCUACAAGUCUGAAUUCAUUAGGCAUCAGAGAAGUCACACUGGGGAGAAGCCAUAUGGAUGCACUGACUGUGGGAAAGCCUUUUCACAUAAGUCAACCCUCAUUAAACAUCAGCGAAUUCACACUGGGGUAAGACCCUUUGAAUGUUUUUUCUGUGGGAAAGCCUUCACUCAGAAGUCACACCGCAGAGAACAUCAAAGAACACAUACUGGAGAGAGACCCUUUGUGUGCAGUGAAUGUGGGAAGUCAUUUGGUGAGAAGUCAUACCUCAAUGUACAUCGAAAAAUACAUACAGGAGAAAGACCAUAUCGUUGCAGAGAAUGUGGGAAAGCCUUCAGCCAAAAGUCAUGCCUCAAUAAACAUUGGAGAACUCAUACAGGAGAAAAACCCUAUGGAUGCAGUGAAUGUGGCAAAGCUUUUUAUCAGAAGCCAAACCUCAGUAGACAUCAGAAAAUUCAUGCCAGAAAGAAUGCCUAUAGGAAUUAAAACCUGAUAAUUGUGAGAAAGCCUUAAUCAAGGUAUCCUAUUUCAUUAUAUGUGGAGGCAUUCAUUUUUAGGAGAGAUCUCAUUGAUUUAAUGAAUUUGGACAAAAUGUUUUACCAUAAGGGAAGUCGUUCUAAUUGUGAUAGAAAUUUUUAUACAAAGAUUAUAGAAAAUACUUUAUAAAACAAACAUGGUUACUCUGGCUUAUGAAAGUUUAAAAAUAUGUUAAUGGAAUGACAACAGCAUACAAAAUAUAUGUGAAGAGAAUUGGUAUAUUCUGGUAUAUUCCACCGUGAGCCACAUAAUAAGCAUUAUGUUUUGGAAAUGUAAAUGUGAAUUUAAUGUAAAUUGUGAAUAUCAAGCAUAUGUGUCAUGUAGUAUGUAGAAUGCCAUUCACCAACUUUUCCACUCUAAAUAUCACCAUUGUCUUUUACUGUCUUAACAAUAUAAAAAAUAAUGAUAAUAACAUUUGUUAAUGUUAAAAAGGCAAAGCUAAGGAAUAGUUUCACAACCUAAUAUUGGAUGAACAAAAUACCAUAAACUUGAUUACUCAGCACAGCCAUUAUUUGACAAAAAGUAGUGUGGCCGUGGUAUAUUGUGCACCUCUUCUGUUUUCUUAGUCUUGCUUAACAUGCCUUGCAGCAAAUUAGUAGGAAAGACACUGUUUAUAUGAGUCUUAUAAUUCAGAAAUGCUUCAUGCAGAGACCAAAGAAGGAAAAUUUUUCUGUUUUUAUUUUUUCUUUUUGCAAAUUAAUUCAGCAACAUCCACUUUUCUUCCCUAUCAAUUUCCCUGUGAAUGUCCUGGGCACUAAAACCCAAGUUGUUUCAUCAUUCCAGUCUUUGAACAAAGUCUACUUCCCUGAGCUGCCAUGUCAUCCAAAUAAAACAAAUGGCCAUAUUGUGCAAGAUUUGCCUCGCUAUAAGAAUGCCUGAUUCAGAAUGAGAAAGCAAGCAAUCACAUGAGCACUGGGUGUUGUGUUUAAGUGAUGAAUCACUAAAUUCUACACCUGAAACUAAUAUUACACUGUAUGUUAACUGGAAUUUAAAUAAAAACUUGGAAAAAAAAGAAACAAUCACAGAUAAAGAUGUGAUUAAAAGAAUGAUAAAAGAUAUUUCUUACAACUGUAAAUCAGCAUGCUUUUAAAAGAGGAAAUAAAUGUUUUUCUAGCAAAAUGUAAGUUAGAAAAAUUGCGAUAAGAAGUAGAAACUUGAUAGAACAAUUACCAUUGAAGAGUUUGGAAAAGUGAUUAAAGAUCUAGGAUUGAAAAAUGCUCCAGGCCCAGAUGUUUUUAUAAUUAGUUUCAUCUAACUGUUUUUUGUAGGCUCCAUGCCCAGCAUGGAGCCCAGCGUGGGGCUUGAAUUCAUGACCCUGAGAUUGAGACCUGAGCUGAGAUCAAGAAUCGGAUGCUUAACUGACUGAACCACCCAGGUGCCCCUCAUCUAACUUUUAAAGAGUAAUACCAGUGUUAUUUGAAAUAUUUCAGCCCAUAGACUAUGAUCCCCAAUUUAUUUUAUGAAGUCAGAAUAAGUUUUAACACCAAAACCAAAGUAUUGGAAAAAAGAAAACCCCAAACCAGUCUUACUCAUGAGUUUAGAAACAAAAAAUUAUAAUUAGAAUAAUAGCAAAUAGAAUUCAGCAGUAUACCUAAGAAUGAUGUAUUAUAAUGACCAAGUAAGAAUUAUUCCAAGAAUGCAGAGCCAAUGCAGUAAUAGGAAAUACAUCAAUAAAAUUAACAGUUUGAAAGAGAAGAUGCCAUCAUAGAGGCUGGAAGGUAUUUAAUUGAAUUUUGCAAACAUGUAAGUUAAAUUGUAAUAUAUAAUAACCACUUAAGAUUCUCUUUACCAAAACUAUAGCAUAUAUUAUGUUAAAACGAUUUUUUGAAGAUUAAGAAUUUAAUAGUAUUAGAGAUAAAAGUGUUCACUGCUGUCUAUUUUUACUAAAUAUUGUCUUAGAGUUUCCAAUGAAGGCAGUAGAAAAUAAAAUUAAAUAAUUGGUAUAAACAAUAAAAAAGGUAAAAUUUUUUGCUGAUGAUAUGAUUGUAUAUCAAUAAAUGAAGAGACUAGUAAUUGUUUUGAGUUAAAAGACAAUUUUCUGAGAAGACAGUAUAGAAAUUAAAAGCUUCUCUCUGUAAACAUCUAAUAACAUAUAUACACUUCUUUUGGAAUUACACUAAAUGUCUGUGCCUUUUUUUUUUUAAUCUUAUGUGAAAUGAUCUUAUCUUAAAGUCCUUAUGGAAAAACAUUUGUUCUAACAAUCUAAACAAGAAAAGUAUGAAAAAGAAAAUUGCAUACCAGAUGUUGGAAUAUAACAUGAAGUCACUUUAAUAAAGUAUUGGCAAAGGAACCGAUAAAUACAUCAAUGGAACAGCAUCGAAUAUCCUGAAAUAGACCUUAGACCCAUGUAUGUAUGAACUUUCUCAUAUAUGGAAAAGCUAGAAUUUCAAACCAUAGGGGAAAGGAAUCACUUAUGUAAAAAGAAUUCUGUUACAAUUGGCUUUUAAUCAGGAAGAAAGUAAAGUUGGAUUAGCAGCACCAACCAUAUAAAAAAAAUCCAGGUGGAUUUCAGAUUUAAAUUUUGUAAAUCAUAAGUUCUUAAAGGAAAAUGAAAGACUACACGUACAGUUUAAGAGUUAGAUUAAUUUUAUCAACACAGGAUAAAAGCUAUUAAAAAAUAAAAAAAUAGGGUGCCGGGGUGGCUCAGUCCAUUAAGCCUCCGACUCUUGAUCUCAGUUCAUGAGUUCAAGCCCUACAUUGGGCUCCAUGCUGGACAUGGAAUCUACUUAAAUAAAAAUAAAAAAUAGGAAAAAAUUGACUACGUAAAACUAUGAUCUUUUGUAUGGCAAAAGGUGCCAUCAACAAAGUCAAUACAUUAUAAUUUUGGGUGAAAUAUUUGCAAAGCCAGUCAGAGAAGUGCUUUUCAGAUUGACAGGAAAGUGAUAACUCAAUGGCAAAACAUGGCAGAAAAUGUGAAUAGACAAGUUGUAAAAAGAGCAAAUCCAAGUGGCUGGUGGGACCAUCAAAAAAUGUAUAGCCUUGGUAGUUGUUGGGGAAUACAGAUUAAAGUCAUAAUGAGAUAACUGUAUGCAAUCAAACUGACAGAAAAUGGCAGGAAUGCUUUUUGCUGUCCCAACAAAGGUUGUUCUUAUACCCUGCUGGCAGAAACAUAAAUUACAGCUCUUUUGAAAAGCAAUCCGCAACAUCUAUUAUAACUUAAAAUAUUUAUGCCACUUCGGGGAAUCUUCUCUUAGAAGUAAAACCCCAAUACAUAAAGGACAGAUGAAUAUGUAUAUUUAUUAUAAAAUUGUUCCUACUGGCAAUAAAACACUAGAAUCAAAAUAAAUGCCCAUCAGUAGGGAAAUUGGAAGAGGGGAGAAACUAGUAUAUCCAUUCCAUAUAAUGUUUAUAUAGCCAUUAAGGUGGACAAAUUAAACUAUGCUAGUGGACUUGAACAGAAUUCCACAAUGUUUUCUUGAGCAAAAAAAGUACAGGUAAGUGUGUAAAAUAUGAGCCUGUUUUUUAAAUCAGUGACAAAAUUCCUCUAGCUGUUUGAGUGAAAAACAUGUAUCCAUGUAUGUUUGUGUAUGAUUUUCUAUGCAUGAAGAAAAGUAUAGAAGAGUAUACAUUGGGUUGGGGGGAGGUGGGUGAUGCAGGUUGGUUAUGAGGGAGUCAAGGAAAAUGAAAGCCAAAUAGAAAAAAAUAUAUAAAUGAACCCAGUAUGAUAUCUCAAAUGUGUGAUUAAAAUUCAGUGGGGAGCUAGAACUCUGCUAAUUUGUGGAGGUGUUCAUGGUAUAUUGUUAAGUGAAAAGAGAAAAUUGCAGAAUAAUGUAUAUGAAUCUAUUUUUUAAAAAAUAAAACUGUGUAUAUAUAUGCAUGUAUGUUUCUGUGAACAAAGAAAAGUAUGGAUGGAUAUACAGCAAGGUGUUAAUUAACAUUGGUUACCUUGGUGG